AGUGACGUUCUUCUGUUUUGAACGAGGGAAAUUUAAAACUCGACGGCGUUAAAAACAAACAGAGGCAGGAAUAAAUCCUCCUAAAGGACAGGAAGAUGAACACAGAGUGAUUCUAUUCAUCCCUGAAUGUAAAGAACACCAACAUGAAGAAGAAGACGAGGAGGAGGAAGCUGCAGGCUGGAGACGCUGGCAGCAAAGAGGAGUUUUGUGCUCUCUGCAGGCUCAGUGACGAUGACCCGGCUGUGUUUGGAGAGAAGGUCACGCUGAAAGAGCACAAACUCUCCGUCCAUUACUUCUGCCUGCUGACGUCGUGUGGAGUUUAUCAGAGAGGAGAGGAGGACGAGGGCGUCUUUGGUUUCCUGAUCGAUGACAUCAAACAGGAGAUCCGCCGCUCAGCUCGACUGACGUGUGGCUGCUGUAAGAAGAAGGGUGCGUGUGUCGGCUGUAACGUCAGAAGCUGCAGGAAGAUGAUCCACUUCCCCUGUGGGAGGAAACACGGCUUCAUCUCACAGUUCUCUGCACAGUUCCCGUCCUUCUGUCCCGAUCACAGUCCCUCUCAGUCUAUGUGUGUGAGCUCAGACCUCAGUCUGCCUCAGUCCUGCUCCGUCUGUCUGGACUCCAUCGAGCCCGUCCUCGGAUACUCCGUCCUCAAAUGUCCGUCCUGCCACGCCAGCUGGUUCCACCGGGACUGUGUGCAGCGUCAGGCCCACAGCGCCGGCCUCUUCUUCUUCAGAUGCACUUUGUGUAACAACAAAGAGAAGUUCCAGGAGGAGAUGCUGCGGAUGGGGAUCUACAUCCCUGAGAGGGAUGCAUCAUGGGAGUUGGAGGAGAAUGCAUUCUCAGAGCUGCUGGAGGUUUACAGACAAUGUGACGCUCUGACCUGCGUGUGCAACAACGGACGCACACACUCUGCAAAGACCGGGUGGUUCGAGGUGAUCCGCUGCCGACUCUGUGGAUCUGGAGGGACUCACAGGAAGUGUUCUGGGCUGAGGUUGGACACCUCAGACUGGGCCUGCAGUAACUGCACCCAGGCUACGGACGGGAGAGCUUCACUGGUCACGUCUCCUCAGGGAGGUCAGAGGAGGAGUCUGUCCAAACGACGCAUGUCCCCCAUCCGAUCCUCCAUCAGCUGCAAGAGGCCGUCUCUACCUGUUGGAUGUGGAUCACCUGAAGACCUCCUGCAGGCGUUGGCCCCUCAGCUCAGUCCUGUCACGGUCCAGGUGGAGGUGUACGGGGACCAUGCUCUGUCUGCAGGGGUGGAGCUGGUGAGGAGGGCCGACUUCGACCCCACACACACUCUGUCAGUCAGGUUCAGAAAUGACCUGCAGACCACGUUUCCUCGUCGCCUCCAGGGCAGCGACAUAGCGAGGCAGUACUUCCUGAAGCUCCUGGUGCAGCAGAUCCAGGACUCUGUGGUGUUUGAGGGACCGGAGGGAUCCAAGAACCUGGCUCUGGACUCCCGAGCUCUGCGUGACGACCUGUACUUCGACGCUGGCUGCCUGCUCGCUCUCUCUCUGGUUCACGGCGGUCCGUCCGUCGGCUUCUUCUCCCCGGCUCUGUACCAGUGUCUGUUCAACUACCCCGCCAACCGCCCGCUCGCCUUCACACACAUGACCCCCGACACACACUUUACCCGCCGAGUCAGCAGGAUGGCGGAGGCGGAGUCUGUGGACGAGCUGAGGGAGGUGAUGGCGGAGAGCUGGGAGUACCUGGAGCUGGCCGGGUGCAAUCAACCAAUCAGCAGCCUGGAGGAGAGAGAGGCUCUGGUGGAGGAUCUGGUGAGCUUCACGAUGAUCACCAGGAUGCAGCUUCCUCUGCAGAGGUUUCGUGAGGGUCUACAGACGUUGGGUAUCUUUGAUCAGGUGCAGCUCUUCCCGUCGGUGUUUCGUGGGGUCUUCUGUGAAGCGGCGGAUCGGCUCACGGCUCAGACGCUCGCUCAGCUGUUCGACCUCAAGUUCUCCUCGGAGCAGGAGAAGCUGAGCAAGGAGACGCCCGUCAGCUCCUUCUGGAGACGCUUCCUGCUGGAGUGUGAAGACGGGAAGUCUUCCAUCUCCCUGCAGGACCUCCUCCGUUUCGCCACAGGAGCCGAGGAUCUCCCAGCAGCCCGCCUCCUCUCUGCUCCCUCCAUCUCCUUCCUCCACCCUGUCUCCUCCUCCUCCUCCUCGUCCUCAUCCUCACCCGGAGCUGAAGAUGAGGAAACCCAAGAAGGAGAGAAGGUGACGAUCAGAGGAAGGAGGGAGGUGUGGAGGGACAGUGGGCUCUUCCCUCAGAGUGAGCCUGUCUCUAAACGCCUCCUCCUGCCUGUCGCCUCCUCCUAUCAGGCCUUCAAGAGCUCCAUGGAGCAGGCGGUCAGCCACCACGUUCACCUCCACCCGUCUGAGAGCUAAAGGGGGCGGAGCUUCAGAGAGUCCUUCAUGCAUUAAAGGGUUAGAGGUUAUAUUGAGCUCAGCUGACUGUCUGCUAAGCCACGCCCCCUACUAACAUUUCUAUUUGAUGACGCUGGAAGAUCCACCAUCCAAUCAGAGCAGUUUCAUCAAGAUCUUUGUUAUCUCACAAAUCUAUCAGGAACUUUUUAAUUUCAGAGUUUAUUUAACAGAAACAUGAAUCCAUUAUCUUUACUGAUUCACACUGAUUUUUCAGGACUUUUCAUCCAAAAAAGAAAAGUAGAGAACUAAAACUGAUCAGAUUUUUUUUUUAAUGACGCAGAUUUAUCGAAGUAUCAAACAAAUUCCAGAGUUCAUCUACAGGUCAGUUAAUGCCUGUGAGAUUAAAGGCUUUUAUUUUGAAGGCCUGUUAUAACGAGGUAAUUAUUAAUCACACAUGAAACAGGCCGCCUUCCUUUUUAUGAGUUAGGGCCUGUGUCCACCUGAUGCUUCUUCUGUGCUUGCAGCGCCUUUCAAAGUUGCCAAAGCCCCGCCCCUUCUUGUGUUUGAUUGGAUGGUAAGGGAGAAGAGGAGCGCUAUGGUGAUCUCAAAGUUGAGCCAUCCACAAUUAAGAGACAAAAGAACCCCAGCUGACCCGACCGUCAGUGGACACAGGCCCUCGUCUUUUACUCAACGUUCAUUCUUUAAAGUCCAGCUUUAAGAAUGUGCAGAAAAAUAAUCAUGAAACAAAGUGAUGAGCUGUGUUGUGAUGCUGCAUCUUUAUCUUGGAUUUAAAAUGAUUUCAUGGCAGCUCAGUGAAGUUUAUUGAUUUGUCUGGACCUCAAAUAUUACUUGUGAGUUUAAAAGAUACUCUAAAUGAAACCGGCAGAGAGAGGAUCGUACGCAGGAUCGAACACAUCCUAAAUGUUCAGGCUCAAAAUAAAAGUCCUUCCCGUCUAUAAACACAUCACCCUGUUUCACCACAGAGAACAUGUACGAGGUCAGGGUGACCUUCAGAGCUUUUUAUUUGCAGUUAUCUUUAAAUUGUAUUUCCUCUCCUUCAUAUCUUUUAUAUUUUACCUACGGAGUAACGGUGCUGAUUUUAUAACUUUGCCUUAAGAGCUGCUUUACAUGAGUCAUGGUUUUAUUGUACAUAUUUUGGUUUCCUGUUUUUGUGUUUCUCCUGUUUAAUGUGUUUUUAGUGAUGAACAAAGUUUGAAAAGAAGUAAUAGAACUCUCUCCUGAUAAGAGUCUCAUCCUGACAGUGAUUUACUUGAACCUGAACACACGUGUCAGUGAGGUUUUAUAGGAUUUAAUCACUUUAACAGAGAGUCGUUGCAGUUUUAUCUGAGCUAUAACACCAAAGGGUCCACUUCUGUUUUCAUACCACACAUCAGUCUCAACACACCGUCCUUUAUUUCCUCUCAGCUCCUGUUUAUCAGAAUCUUCUUCUCUGUCGACUCUUCAGUUUCACUUUGUUGUUAUUUAUCUGUUUCCUGUUUGCUGCUUGUUUGGUGCUCCUCUUUGUUCUUGUGGAUUAUAAACACUGAAACACAAA